UAUUAUUUACAUACGCGUGCACAGUCCCGCAUCUAACUAGGGAACGCCAAUUUCCAUUUUAAUUCGAUCAAGCAAUGCCGAUAUCAUGAAACUGGGAAAAAGAUGAACAGUUUGGUAUCUUACUUUCUAUUAGUUGGACUUCUGCGUAAUUUGGUUUCGCCUCUCCGGUGUUAUGAAUGUGAUCUGAUUGGAAAUAAAUCCGCCAACUCCUGUUUCGAUCCUUUGGAUACUGACCAUGAUGACGUCAGAAUAACAGAAUGCAAAAACUCCCUGUACAGUUGCAUUAAGGCCAAGACCAUUUUCAAAGACGGAGAUGUAUUCUAUCAAAGAAAAUGCCAAAAAGUGAAGAUAAAAAAUUCCUGCAAACUGCUUCACAUCAAUGAGACGAAAUAUCUUUUGACGGUGGAGUUGUGCUCUUGUCAGCACGAUCUGUGCAAUGCAGGGGACAAACGUCCAGCCCUCGCACACGAGCUCAGUCUGUCCAUAUUUGCUUUUUGGAUAAUUUUGAAAACGAAGUGAAAUGUAAAAAUCAGAUCCAAAGCAUUUUAUCUAUCAAUCUAAUUAAAAUUAGAUGUUAGAUCCGUUCGCAUA